AUGACACAUGAUCCCCCCCGCACGCAUCCGCACCUCGCCGCCGCCUGCCCGGCGGGCCCCUUACCUUCCCCUGCAGAGGCCACGGGCACCCGCGGGCGUGUGCGGGAGUGGGUGCGUGUGGCAGCGCGGGCGGCGCCGGCUGGGCGGGCGGGCCGGGAACGCGCCUCGCCGGACUUGUCAGCGGGCGGCGGGGCCGGCGCGGAGCCGCUGCUCGGUCGGUGCCAGCGGGACCGCGGCCGGAGCGCUCCGCGUUUCUCUCCGGCGGGGCGGGACCGGCGGGACCGCCCCCGCAGGCGCUGGUUAUGUAACUGGGGUGGCUCCGGCGGCCCCGCGCCACCGCCCGUGCCUCGGGAGGAGGGGCUGCCGCUCGGUGCUCCUGUAGCUGCGUUUCCCGAGCAGGGAGCGCAUCGCAUCCCGAAAACUUCAAAGUUUGGGCAGUACGCGGUGUCCGCGCGUCGGUGCGGAGCGAACAGGCAGCCCCGGGCAGCGGGAGGGGCCGUGUGUGGGCAGCAGCUGCUCAGAAACACCGCGCUCUUCCCUCCGUCGUGGAGGCAAAAGGCCAUCCCCGCAAUGGGUAUUUUCUCCUUGAUUUAUUUCUGCUGGGGUGGGUGCGACUCAUAUCUUACCCUUGGUAAAUUCCAUUGA